AUCUAAAUAUUCUUAAGUCUAUGCACAUCGUCUUUAAAUGUGUUAUAAUACGAAAUCCCAUAAAGAGAGAUGCGAGAAUUAUGAUGAGUAAUUGAAACAUCGUGAGGAGUAGGAGAUCUAUUUCGAGUUGUAUGUUGUAUUAUUCAGUUGAUGAACAUAAUCAUUUGCUAAACAAAGUAACAAGUCAAAAUGAGUUCCGAAAGCGGCGACUCGAGAAGAAAUGUCAAUCAAGGUCAAUCGAACAGCUCUGCGAGGCCACUGUCAAUCGAAGGUCCUUCCACCUCUAAUAACAUGCAACCAACUCCGCAACCUUUACCAAAUCAACCCAGGCAGCCGACCAAUCUGCAAGGAUUGCUCAAGUAUGCCAUGGACGCAGCACAAUCCGAGGAAAACAAAUCGCCGGUCUAUCCUUUGGACGAAGAAAAAAAGACGUUCUUGAACGAAGCACUAUCGUCGUUAACGGUGAACGUAAUAGAAGAAAUGCAGAAGGCCAUACAGAUCUUGUCUGAUGUCGGUAAUCUACGAGCCGACGACGAUUCCUCCGAGUACGAGAACGCGCUAGAGAGGAUGGCGGAUCUUGUGGACAAUAUCGACAUAGCCAAUGAUUUUUACAAGAUCGGGGGUUUCGCGAUAUUCCAACCAUGCCUGAACUCGUCGCACAGUAACAUCAGAUGGCGAACAGCUGAUAUCAUGGCUGAAUUAGCGCAGAAUAAUCCAUUUUGCCAGAACAAGCUACUCGAAGCUGGAGUGUUCCCUGUCCUGUUGUCCAUGAUCGACACAGAUCCAUCGGAACAGGCGAGGAUAAAAGCUCUAUACGCAGUAUCGUGUAUAGUCAGAGGACAUCCAAAGUCCUUAAGGUAUAUGGACACAAAUGAUGGUUAUUCGGUGCUUUUGCGAGCGAUGCAGAGUCCAGUGGAGAAGCUGCAGGUGAAGUCUGCGUUCUUGCUCUCUAGCUUGUGUAGCAAGGACGACUCGAGCGAUAUAAAAUGUACCUUAGCGAAAAUGGGAUUUAUAGAACAAGCUGCAGGCUUGUUGGGUAGAAUGAAUCUGCAGCCGACAGUCAGAGAGCAAUUGUUGAGAGUUCUUCAUGGUAUGGUAAACGAUAAUUUUUUACCGGCGCUGAAGGAAUGUCGGCGUCCCCAGUUAUGUUUGAGAAUCACUUUGGAGCAAUUAUUGUCGGAAUUAAAACCCGUAGAAAACCAAGAUGAGAUAGACAUGUGUUCCGAGCUCCUGGACAAAGUGUUUUUCGAGCCUGACACUAAUCAGGAGAGAUAACAAAAUUGUAUGUGUAUCAUAGUCUCCCCUCCUUUGAAUAAAAGUAUAAUAUUAUUUUAUAAAUUAA